AUGCUGGCCGACGCUGACAUCGCCACCACCGUCUUCGUCACUGGUGAACCCCACCAUGCACAUGAGAAGGUGCGGGAUGAGGAUCUGUCGCAGUGGGACACGUUGGUGGUCAUGGCAGGGGACGGGCUGCUGUAUGAGGUGGUGAAUGGGCUGAUGGAGCGGCCGGACUGGGAGGACACCAUGAAGAAGCCGCUGUGCAUCCUGCCAGGGGGCUCUGGGAAUGCCCUGGCUGCCUCCAUCAACCACUACGCAGGCAAUGAUCACGUCGUCAAGAAGAAGCUGCUGAUGAACUGCACCUUCAUCCUGUGCAAGGGGCUGCACACGCAGAUGGACCUGGUCUCGCUGAGCACGGCCUCGGGCAAACGCCUCUUCUCCUUCCUGGGCUUUGGCUGGGGCUUCAUCUCGGAC